AUGGGUGCCGAAGACUCUUCACUUUGCGCGGAGCUCUAUCGAUUUCUGAGGCUGCUGGUUCACAAUCUACUCUACGCUGCGAAGGUGUACCCCGAGCAGUACUUUACUCAGCAAAUAGCGUUCAACUUGACGACUCGAGUCGCCACCGUGGACUGCCUCGAGCGCUACAUCACUGAGCACAUCGCGUUGCUCCACCGCGGCCAACGCCCUAUAGGUACUGUCCAUGAGAUGAUUGUUUCCAUUCAAGAGCUUCCAGAACAACAGGAUAUGAACCCGACGGUCGAAUCUGUGGCGAAGCAGACCUCUCAGAAUGGAGCAGAGGCGCAGCUGGCAUCAAAUACGGAUCCCUGUCAUUCGAUGCUCGAGCUUGUUCGUCUUCGAGUGCUUCUCCCAGAUCUUGAGGCACUCGAGGCCCUUGAAGCAACACCAGAUAAGUGGAAGCUUCUCGAAGCCUAUCGGUCCCGUUUUCGCCUCGUGCUCUGUCGAGUAUUGACGUAUCCGUGGCCACCACUCGCGGCACCAGUUUCGCUUGAAACAUGGCGUCGAACAUUCCGCCUCUAUUUUCGUCUUAGUAUGCCAGAGAAACAAGACGAUACUGGUCUGAUUCUAGAGACGCUUCGAGAACCUAUCAUAUCAGAACGGGAGAGCGCACCGUCCACCAGCGAGAAAGAGCCCGCGAAUGACGCUCGCGCUCUUCUUUAUGCCAGUCAGAGGUUUGGCUUUCCGAGGGGCGUUUCCGUCCCUUUAUGUGAUGACGCAAUAACAACACUCGACGGUGCUUCGAGCUUUCCUCCGAAACUGUCGCUUUUUGUUUUCAUUGAAGAGCCACCCUUGGUGCCGAUCUGA